AUGAGGGCCCUAGAAGAUGACUUAGAAGAUAGAUUGCUGAAAUUGCAAGAUUCCAAAGAUGAUAAGAAUAAGACUCCUCUGGAAAAGGCGUUGGAAAAGCUUCUUAAUGACAAACAAGAGUUGAUGUUAGAACAAAACAGGCGAUACCUUACUGCUCUCUUUGAAGAUCAACUGCUGGCACCUAUAAAGAUCCGAAAUGCUCAAGUGACCAAUUCUCAAUCAUUUCGCUCAUCUUUUAUUCGAGCUCAAUUACAACCUCUUCUUAAGUCCAACAUCAACACGCUUUCAAAUUUCUUUGAAGCAAUUGAUGAAAGCACCAGGAACUUACUCAAGUCCAGAUUAGUGGAUAAUGUUGUUAUAAGUAUCCAGACGCUUCCUCGGAACUAUUAUAACCGUCAUAAACCUUCAAUUGAAGUAGUUCCUAUUUUCCAAGUUAUUCCAGUAAAACGAUUCUUUGCCAAAUCAGGAACCAAUAUUGGCAAUGGUGAAGGUGACACUUAUAUUCAGUUUCAAUUUAAGAAUCUUUGGGGAGGAGCUGAAAACAUUUCCUUUGAUGCUACAACAGGAACCAAGACAUCUCUGUCAUAUUUAGUUAACUAUACUCAACCAUUAUUCAAUAAUGUCGCAUAUUUGAUGGAGAAUUUAUGGUAUCGAAACACCCGACUGCUUGAAUGGAUUCAAAGUGAAGUUCAAACAACAGGAACCACAUUACGAUGCUCUACACAGUACGAUGGGCCAUGGAACCAUGAUUUGCUGAUGGAAGCAAGUUGGAGAGUAUUAAACAAUCUCAAUUCAAAGGCAGAUGAUGUUCUUCUUGGUGCCGGGAGUGAUUUCAAAAAAAGUAUAAAUUAUACUGGAGUGCACGAUACUAGAGAUGCAAAAAUACUUCCAACCAGUGGGAAAUUACUCAAGUGGUCCUUUGAAUUAAAUCCGUGGUCGUAUUUCAAGCUGGCAUUUGAAGCUCAAUUUGCCCAUAAGUUGAAUGCUAACCACUCUAUUCUUUUCAAAACGAAAUCUGGAGCCUUAUAUCCAUUUACAGACGUUUCAAACAUUCUUGAUAGGUUUAAUAUCGGGGGUCCAAACGAUGUCCGUUCAUUCAUGAUGAAUGGAUUAGGUCCAAAGCAAUUUGCAUCUUCAGUUGGUGGAGAUAUCUUUAUCAAUGGGGGUAUUUCUAUGAUUUCCAAAUUACCUGGUGUUCCUGUCGAUUCUGGUUUCAAAUUACACACUUUUAUAAACGGUGGCAGACUAAUUGCUUGUGACAAAUCAAAAGGUGUCUACGGUAAUGUUAGAGAAUUAUUAGAUGGAGGGUCUCUUAGUACUGGGCUAGGGAUUUUGUACAAUCAUCCAGCCGCUAGAUUUGAGUUGAACUUGGUAUUCCCCUUGGUGGCUCAUAAAAGAGACAGUCUAAGAAAGGGUGUUGAAGCAGGUAUUGGAAUUUCCUUCUUGUAA